CAUCACAGCUUCUCUUUUGCGCCCCACCUCUCCUUUCCCUCACCGGCGUGGACGCGCACCAAGGCGCCACCGCCACCGGAUAACCCCCCACCGUCCAUCGCCGGAAUACAGCUCCAUCUCUGUAACUCGCCGGGCCGCCACGUCUGACCAUAGGCUCCAGGCUUAACCCUACCCCGCACCCCUUAGUCCCGGAGGAGGCUACGACGGCGGCGGCGCGAUGCUGUUCCAGGUGGGAGGACAGGGCGCACGGCCCACCUUCUUCGAGAUGUCUGCGGCGCAGCAGCUCCCGGCCAGCCUCCGCGCCGCUCUCUCCUACUCGCUCGGUGUUUUUGCACUAAGAAGGCCAUUCUUGCAUAAAGUUCUAGAUUAUGAAGAUGAAUUUUUUGCAUUGUUGAUGUCUGUCCUUGAGUCCCAUAGUUUACGAACAACAGAUGGUUCCUUUUCAGAGUCAUUAUACGGUCUCAGGCGGAGACCUGUUAAGGUUUCAGUGAACCAAAGUAUUCCUGGCGCUGAAUCUAAUGACAAAGUGUAUGACUCUGCACUAAGGAAGCGCCAGAAAACCCUCUCAGUUAUUUUUUUGGUUGUUUUACCAUAUUUCAAGUCAAAGUUGCAGUCCAUAUAUAACAAAGAAAGGGAAGCAAGAUUGCAGGCAAGCCUAUGGGAUCAGGGUGAGGUUGGUUUAGAUGAAGCAGGCUUUGUAUCAGAUCAACAAGGGGCGACUUCUGAAGCACAAAUUGAGACUGCAACUGGAGAAGUGUCACAUUUGACACGUCUUAAGACGAGUUUUACGGCACUAAUAGGUGUUUGUUAUCCAUGGAUUCAUGCAACCAAUGAAGGCCUUUCAUUUGCUUACCAGUUGCUGUAUCUGCUGGAUGCUACUGCAUUUUAUAGUCCAGGACUUCAUGUGCUUGGGCUUCAUGUUUGUCGUGCUACUGGACAAGAGCUGAUGGAUUCAUCUUCGAGGAUAUCAAGGAUUAGAAGUCGUGAGCUCGAGAGACUUCGUGGUCCUCCAUGGUUGAAGACCAUGCAAAGGGUGCUCCUUAAUUGUAUGUAUACGACUCUAGAUUAUGCACAAACUGGUUUAAUUGCUGCGGUCUUCUUUUUCAAGAUGAUGGAGUGGUGGUAUCAAUCUGCUGAAGAAAGAAUGUCAGCUCCGGCUGUAUAUCCCCCACCCCCUCCUCCGCCACUACCAAAGGUUGCUAAAGAUGGACUUCCCUUGCCACCUGACAGGACGCUGUGCCCUCUGUGCUGCCAGAAGCGCAAUAACCCCUCUGUUCUUUCUGUUUCUGGUUUUGUGUUCUGCUACAGCUGCAUAUUCAAGUCCGUCUCUCAGCAUAAAAGAUGCCCUGUGACGUUGAUGCCUGCAACUGUUGAACAAAUCAGGCGCCUCUUCCAUGAUUUGUAGCUCGAAUAGACACAGUUUCUGCUUCCCGAUAACGAAGAGGAGGCUAGUUAUACAAAGUCACACUUCACAGCCGUCCAUUUUCGUGUUCCGAAAUCACUCAUGGCCAUGGGCACCGUAGGCGCUGAUGAUAUAUCUCCCUGAGGAAUCUGUAUGUCCAUACAACCCUUUUGUGCCAUUUUGUUGAUCUGUAGAUGAUUACUGAGUUCAUUUAUUCAGGGGUUUUGACUGAAGUGGUCCUUAUCCAUUUUCGUGGCACUCUGUAGUCAUGUAGAGGUUGUAUCUGCGUUUUCUAUUAUGUAGGAAUUGGCUGUAAUGUUGAUGUAAACCUGUAACAAUUCGGUUGCUCUGUUUCUCACAAAUACGAAUUUAACCAAUAGGAGUAAAUGGUUUUAGGAGUUUCCUGAAGGUUUAUUUAAAA